AUGUCGUCUUCAGAGAAGCAACCAUCUCGCCAUGAGAAUAAGCUACUCCCCGUCCCUGGGCCCACGCUGCCCUACUGGCGCACGGAGCUGCACCCGCUGGACUCGCACCACUCGACGCCCGAGCUGCCGGCCGAGUGCGACAUCCUCAUCAUCGGCGCCGGCAUGUCGGGCGUAUCGGUCGCGUACCAGCUCUCGCAAGCCCAGCCACAAGACAACACCACCACCACGAGCUCCCCACCACCGCCCUCCAUCGUGCUCCUCGAAGCGCGCCAAGUCUGCUCCGGCGCCACGGGCCGCAACGGCGGGCACGCCAAAGUCAAGACCGCCACCCUGCUCUCCCUGAUAGCCAAGCACGGCCCCGACAGCGGCUUCGUAGAUGAUUGGGACGCGUACGUGGGCGCGCAGAUCCACGCGCUCAAGGCCGUCGUCGAGCGCGAAGGGCUAGACUGCGAGUUCGAGCUGCGCCGCAGCUACGACACGUUCAACGCGGCGCGCGACGCCGCCGAGAUCCGGAAGUCCUUCGCCGAGGCGCUGCGGCGCGGCGACGCGUGGACGCGCGAGCGCGACUUGGUGGUGGAGGCGUUCGUGGAGCGCGUUUCUGCCGUGCGCGGGGCGCGGGGCGCGGUUAGUACGCCCGCGUGCUCGCUGUGGCCGUACAAGUUCGUCACGCAGCUGCUGGCCAAGGCGAUGGAGCGGUACCCACGGCUGAACUUGCAGACGGAGACGGCGGUGUUGGGGGUAGAGAGCAGCGGGGACGGGGAUGAUGGGGGUUCGGUCGUCGAGACCUCGCGCGGAUCAAUUCGGGCGCGGAAGGUGGUGUUUGCGACGAAUGCUUACACGGCGGGUCUCCUGCCGCAGUACAAGGGCGUCAUCACGCCUUACAAGGGCACGGCGGCGCACCUGGCGCCGCCGGCGGAAAAGGGGCCGGUUUAUCCGCAUCUCAGCCAUACUUAUAACCUGGAGUACGGGCUGGACAUCGAGGGGGAAACGGUGGAUUAUCUGAAUCCGCGUCCGGAUGGCGGGAUCGUGGUCGGUGGGGGGAAGUAUCUGUACGAGGCGCAGCGAGAGCUAUGGUGGGAUACGGUGGAUGAUUCGACGUUAUUGAAUCCCAUCGUUAAGGGGAAGUACUUCGAGGGGUAUAUGCAGAGGAACUUCAGGGGGUGGGAAGACAGCGGGACGGUGGCGGACAGGAUUUGGACGGGAAUUCAGGGACAAACGGGUGAUGGAUUCCCUCACAUCGGCCAGGUGCCAGGUCAGAAGAAUCAGUGGGUGUUGGCUGGAUACAAUGGUGGCGGUAUGUCACUGAUUUUCUUGGCUGCCACAGAGCUGGCGAAGAUGGUCAAGGACGAUCUGCCGUUCGAGGAGAUAGACCCCAUCGUUCCAAAGUUCUUCAAGACUACGGAAGAAAGACUGAAGGCUAGUGGUGUGUGA